GGGUGCGCCGACAGAUCAGGUGGUCCCCUUGGUAGGAGAGGAUGCGUGCCAUCAAGCACGUCAUGGAUCCUGUCAUGGACUUGCUGAGGCGGAUGGACCGUGGCGGGCAGUUCAUUUCCCUCGUUGUAGAGUGGACUCGGGAUCUUGCACGCCUUGUGUGGGAUGAUUGCAUUCCUCUUGGCCAGUCCUUUUCUGACUGUAUCAUGAGGCGUGUGCAGGCCUGUAUACAGCACAUGAUGAAGACCGCACACUGCGCCGCGUUCUUACUGAACCCCCGUCGCCGGGAUGUUCAGUACUUCUCCGCGCAGCUCAACCGGUAUCACACUUGGCUUGUUCGACAAGCCAAGAGGUAUCUGUUGUCUCAGACGGGCCACGACGAGUCGGGUGGUCGUUACCUUGAGGUAUGUCGGCAGUUCGAGGACUUUCACAUGCAGCAGGGUAGGUAUGGGUCUUGGGGCGGGGCAGAGGGCCGCGCUCGAGCGCAUAGUUGUAGCGGAGACUGCGAGACAUUGGAGUGUGCGUCGUGGUGGUCUCAGUAUGUGGGGGACGCGCCCGAUUUACAGCAUUGCGCUCUUCGUAUGAUGCACAUGUGGUCCUGCGCCUCUCCAGCGGAGAGGAACUGGGCGGUCCACGAGGGCAUCCAUACGAAGAAGCGUAAUCAGUUGGCCUUCGAGAAGGUCGUUCAUCUUGUUGAGAUCACCGCAAAUGUGCGGUUGAUGGAGUAUAGAGGUGCAGGUUGUGGAUACGUCCUCCCUUGGCAGCGAGACGAGGGCAUGCUUGAUGCUCAGGCGGGAUUGGACAUGGAGCCUGUGCGCUCGGAGACGACGAGUGGGAUGACGGAGGAGGAGAUCGAGGAGCAGGCUGCCCUUAUUGCGCGCGAACCCAUCGGGUCUUCUGCGCCGCCCCCUGCUGAGUCUGUUUUCGAUGCUCGUGCGACUAUCUUCCGCCCAUACCCCAGGGACGAUGACUCUGCGGACGAGAGGGAGUCGGAAGCAGCGGACGACCCGAUGCUUCCAAUCCCGCAUGAGAUUGAUGAGUUGCACGAGGGGGGCGACGUGCGUGACGAGAGGACGCACAUCGCGCGGAGGGCGGCUGACCAGCGAGACAUGGAUAUGAUGGGGGGCGGGGAGUUUUGGGGAUCUUUCGGGGGCACGGAGGAGAGAUCACACACUGCCGCGUGGGAGGAUACGCGUCCUUGCACGACCUUGCGGGAGGAGACACCUGCUUCCAUGACUCCGAGUGAGGAGGCGGGUCCUGCCACGAGAGUGCGGGAGCGGACGACUGUUUCGUCGACCGCGCAGGAUCAGACGCCUGCUCCCACGACCACGCGAGAGCAGACGAGUAUUCCCGCUACGCAGUCCGGACCCUCGUCCCCGUCGCCUCUUUCGCGUCAUUCUAUCCCAGGAUUCCCAGCAUCCGCUCCGCCCGCUCCCGUUCGGCAUGAUGAGCGCUCACCUGCACCUGUUGGGAGGGAGGACUUGGGAUCCUCGUUGCGCAUCCGCGGGCAUGGAUCAUUGUUUAGCGUAGCCCAUCAACUCAUUUUGGACCCGCGUGCAUCGAGCGAUUUAGGGGAGAUGGGUGUUCAUAGCGGGGCACCACCGGUGGAGGAGAGGGAGAGACGAGCGGAGGAGCACGGAGCCGCCGGAGCGGGCGGAGUUGAGGGUAUUCGGGGUAUGGAGGAGGAGGUAGCUGGAGUAGUGGGGGGCGUGGUGGAGGUAGAUGAUGGUGCGCACGUCGAGAGAGAUGAGGCCGUGGCGAGGGUUGAUGAUGGUGAGCAGGUUGAGGGAGUGGAGGGCGUGCUGCCAUCGGAGGUUGAGAGAGAGGACGAUGUGGUGACGACGCAGGAGGCGACGAUGAGGGACGAUGAGGGAGAGGAGGCUAUGGCAGGGGUAGACGAGAGCGUGGCAGGGGUAGAUGAUGGGGAUGCCCAGGUUGAGAUGGAGGAGGAUGUGGUGAGGGCAGAUGCUGCUGCGUUGGUUGGGGGAGAGGAGGGUGUGGUAGAGGGGGACGCCGCCCAUGAGAGAGAGGAUGUGGCGCGUGCCCUAGCGGCCGCUGGGUACUCCACAGAGGACAUCGAGCAGGCAUUUGCAGGACGCUCCGGGAGAGAGACAAACACGCUUCAGCCGGGGUGCGAGAAGGUAUUAAAGCAGCCACAGGAGGAGCGUGAGGAUGCACCCCCUGCGGAUAUCCUCGGAGGUAGCAGUUCGUUGGUACCGUUCACGGGCUUGCAGAUGACAACGACGAUGCGGCUUGUUCGACCGUGUGCGCAGGGGUCAGGUCCUGGGGAGGAGGCAUUUGUUCAGGUACCACCAGUCAUCGUCGUGGAUUUAGGAUCUGAGGCAGUUCUUCAUACACCGGUUACUGGGCGGCGAGCUCCUCAGGAUACAACUCGCCCAUUGGAUUUCGCAGAGCUCGCACAGGCUGCUGUGCGUGACGUGACACGGCGGGAGGACACCGACCCUAGCAGACCACUUAUGCUGCCUCCUCCUCCGAAAUCACGUCACAGCGAUUCCCCCUGGACACCAGUUGGUCGGCCCCCCCGUUCACCAUCCACGCCCACCAGACCCAGGGUUCGUGACAUGACGGCCGUAGGGAGCCUCCCUCUUGACACGUCGCUAUUCGGGAAGACGGAUAUCGACCUGGACUCCAUACGUCGGGUCACAGUGCACACUGCACGACAGCAGCCAAGUUUGGGUGGGGCUGACACCGGGAGGGGUGCGCCGAGGGAGGUCAUGGCGGCAGUAUCUCAGCCGCGAGAUGUUCGCGGGGUUGGACAUGCCAGGUACUUCGUGCUAGAGCGGAGUAACUCGUACAAGUUCCAUGCCUCAGAUGAUGCCUGCCACGGGGAUGCCGCGUGGGAGGAGUCUUCAGGAGCCGAGGGGUUGGAGAUGCCGGGCGGUUCUCGUCGUGAGAAGACAGUCGCAGAGGUGAUUCAGGUGAGUGCUAGGCUUGUUCGGGUGAGGACGGGGGCUGCCCAUGUGACCGUGCUGGAGGACGAUCCCGAGACGGAGCCUACAUGUGAGGAGGCCCCACAGGAGGGUGACAAGUACAGGGACGACGAGGAGCGUGAGGAGGAGGAGAGCGACAACGGGGAUGAUGACAGCUACCACCACGACGACGACGACCCCUCCCCUCCACCGCGGCAUGGUUCUCGUAGACGACGUGGCUCUCGUAGAGGACAUGAUGACGUAGACGACCCGUCCCUCCAGGGCGGCGGGAGACGAGGAGUUGGAGGAGGCGAGGGUCAUCCGUUGCGACAGCACCGGGGCGAGGGAGUGUUUCGUCGACACGCAGCACGAGUGGGGCGAGGCAGAGAGGCAGUGGUAAGGGGAAGGGAAGUCGACGGUAUUGACAGCUUCGUUCCCCUUCCAGUGCUUCCACGACGCCUUUAUGUUGUUUGUGCUUAGUGUUCUGACGUUUUUGUAUAUUGUUUAGGAUGAUGUACAUAUAGUUAGGUUUUAGGGACUCCGGACUAG